AUGGAUGCAUUCCUCGAGUACAACAAUGUUGUGCAGGAAGAUAUGGGAUUUUUGAACAACGGUCGGAUCCGACUAGCUGAUGGGCAAAUCACUUUUAAGAAUACGAAAACUGGCAAAGUCCAGACAAUUGAUGCUUCUGAAAUAAAAAAGAUAACAUGGAUGCGGUUGGCUAACAAGCCGGGUAUCAAAGUCUCUCUGAAAAAUGGCAUCGGCUAUCGGUUUGGUGGAUUUUCGGAAAAGGAGCUUGAAAAGAUAAAGGCAUUUGCAUCGAGAAAUUGGGAGCAGGAGCUGCUUCCUGUCGAACAGUCUAUAAAAGGAUGGAAUUAUGGAAAGGCGGAAUUUGAAGGUCAGUUACUGGAAUUUGUUGUUGAUGGAAAACCAUGUUUUGAAAUUCCACUGAGUAAUGUCAGUAAUUGUACUGCCGGAAAAAGCGAAACUGUCCUUGAAUUUCACCAGAAUGAGGACUGCGCAGUUUCUUUGAUGGAAAUGCGUUUCCAUAUACCAACUGAUCCUGAUGCAGAUGAGGAUGCAGAUCCUGUUGAGUGGGAACAUAAGUGUUCUGCUUCUUAUAUUUGUUUCCAGGAGUUUCGCCGUUCCGUUAUGGAGUUUGCAGGCAUCGAGACUGAAACUGACCAACCUGUUGCAACUUUGCUACAAAUUUUGUGUACUACUCCUCGCGGUCGUUAUGACAUCAAAGUAUAUCAGAAUCAUUUAUCGUUACACGGUAAAACUUACGAUUACAAGAUUCCUAUUAAAACCAUUAUGCGCCUCUUCUUAUUACCACACAAGGAUGGCCGUCAUAUGUAUUUUGUUAUCAGCCUCAAUCCUCCGAUUAGGCAAGGUCAGACUCGCUACCACUUUCUGGUUUUGGAGUUUACUAAGGACGAAGAAAUAGAACUUGAUUUAGGGCUAACAGAGCAGCAGUUGAAAGAACAGUAUAAAGGGAAACUUGAAAAAAGGUUGAGUGGGACUGUUUUUGAAGUAGUUUCAAAAAUUUUCCGGGUUAUUGUUGAUAUGAAAAUUACUGUGCCAGGGACUUUCAUUGGUCAUUCGGGCACUCCAGCAGUAAUGUGUGCUCACAAGCAAGCUUCCGGUUUCUUAUAUCCCUUGGAAAAGGGUUUUGUUUAUGUUCAUAAACCACCAAUGUACAUAAGGUUUGAAGAAAUAAGCACCGUCAACUUUGCCCGCUCAGAUGUUUCUACUCGGUCCUUUGAUUUUGAGAUAGAGCUCAAAGGUGGCAGUACACUGGUAUUUAACAGUGUAGAGAAGGAGGAGUAUAAUCGGCUUUUUGACUUCGCUACCAACAAACGCUUGCGGAUAAGGAAUGCAAAACGACUGGAUAAGGUAAAUUAUGCAGAAGAUAAAUUUGCUGGUAGUGAUGACGAAAUAGAUCCUUACAAGGAAACUGUUGUCCAAGAAGGCAAAGAUAAGGAAGCUGCGGAGGAAAGUGAGGAGACUGACAGUGAGGACGAAGAUUACGAUGUUGAGGCAGAUACGAGGAAAAGAAAAGCCAAAGAGGGUUCUUCGGAGGGGUCGGAACCAGAUGAAGAAUACGAUAGCAGUGAGGCUUCAGAAGUCUCAGGUUCUGAUAAUGAGGAGUCCAGUAAGAAGAAGGAGAAAAAAUUGAAAGAACCAAAACCUAAAAGGCCUAAGAAGGAAAAGAGCGAAAAAGUAGAUAAGGGAGGCGGUAAAAAGGAAAAAAAGAAGAAAGACCCAAACGCUCCUAAGAAGCCACAAACUGCUUAUUUCCUAUGGUUUCGUGACAAUCAUGCUGCGUUGAAAAAAGAAGGCGGAACUGCUUCUGAAGUUGCUCAAAGAGGCGGAAAGCUUUGGCGUGAAUUGGAUGAAGAGACUAAACAGAAGUAUGAGAAGAAAGCUGCGGAAGACCGAGAACGCUAUGCGAAAGAAAUGAAGGAGUAUAAAGAGGCUGGUGGUGGCAUGGAAGCUUUCAGCUCUGAAAAACACUCUCCAACAAAGACACCUGUAAAAGCAAAAUCUAAAGAAUAUAUUUCUGACGAUGAAAGUAGCAGCGGCCUGUCUGAUGACAAACCGCUGAAAAAACUGAAGAGUGAAGUGAAAAAUGAUGACGCUGAUUCAGAUGAGGAUUAA